AUGUCGACUCUCAAGCGCAAGGCGGCUGCCGAGGCGGGCUCAGACCCGAAGAAGGCCAAACAAGGCAAUAUCAUGUCGUUCUUUGGCGCACCCAAGCCGGCGGCAUCUUCGACGACACCUGCCAGUGGAAGUGGAAGCAACAAUGCCGCAGCGACGCACGAGCCUUCAGCUCCCAAGUUUGACAAGGUGAAAUGGGUCAAUUCCCUAACGCCCGAGCAAAGGCAGCUGCUCCAACUUGAGAUUACCACGCUGCACGAUAGCUGGCUGGCCCUCCUUAAGGACGAGCUCGUCACCAAGGAGUUUCUCGAGCUCAAGCGGUUCCUGGACCGAGAGACGGCCGCAGGCAGGAAGUGGUUCCCGCCUAAGCAAGACGUGUAUAGCUGGUCCCGCCACACGCCUUUCAACACCGUCAAAGUCGUCAUCCUAGGCCAGGACCCCUACCACAACCACAACCAAGCGCACGGGCUGGCUUUCUCAGUGCGGCCGCCGACGCCCGCACCGCCGUCGCUUAAAAACAUGUACAUCUGCCUCAAGAACGACUACCCUGCCUUCAACCCCCCAGCAAACAAAGGCGGGCUGCUGACGCCCUGGGCGGACCGCGGGGUGCUCAUGCUCAACACGUGCCUGACGGUGCGCGCGCACGAGGCCAACAGUCACUCGAACCGCGGCUGGGAGCGCUUCACGCAAAAGAUCAUUGACCUCGUCGCCACCAAGCGCACCAGGGGUGUCGUCUUCAUGGCCUGGGGCACCCCCGCCGGCAAGCGCGUCCAAAAGGUCGACACAAAGAGACACCUCGUCCUCAAGAGCGUCCACCCUUCCCCGCUGAGCGCUGCUAGGGGGUUUUUCAGCUGUGGGCACUUCCGGCUGGCUAACGAGUGGCUUGCCGAGCGGUACGGGCCGCAAGGGAGGGUGGAUUGGGCGCUUGUGGAGGGCGAGAGUGUUUUUAGUGAGGGGGGUGCUGGAGGAGAGGAAGGCGCUGGUGAGGGGAAAGAGACGGCAAAGGUUGAGGGCGAGGUGGCGGAGGGCAGUCUGACGAAGAAGGUUGAAGCGGUGGUGAGGGAGUCGGUUGUUGGGGCGAACCUCGGAGCCAAGGAGAAGGCGCCGGUUGCGGUGGAGAAGAAGGGGACUGUCAAAGCGGCCGAUGAAAGCGACGAGAACGUCGUGCCUGAGGUCGAGGCUUGA